GUCACUACAUACGGAUGCUGUUGGAUUUUAUCUUAACUUGAACACGUUUUUUUUAAAUAAUAUCAAUUAAAAAACAUGGAAUAAAGUUUAGCAAUUGUGAAUAACAAAAAAAUAUUUACAAAAUGAAAAUAAAAACAAUUUUUAAGCAGUAAAUUUUAUUAUUGUUUUUUUUUUUUUUUUUUUGGAGUGUAAUUGUUGGAUAAUAUUGUUGUUAAAAAUGAAAGGCAGUUUGUGGAUUAUUUUUUUUGCAUUUGGAUUAGUGUUAAGUUGUGUGGAAUCUUGGAGUUAUGCUAGUAAACGUGAAGCUCAAUGUGAAAUAUUAACAGUGUCAAUGUGCAGUGGAUUUAGAUAUAAUAGCACAGCAAUGCCAAAUUUUAUGGGACACACGGAUCAAAUACAAGCUGAAAAUGGGCUUAAACAAUUUGCGCCACUUGUUCGCUACAAUUGUUCGCAACAUAUGCAAUUUUUUUUAUGUGCUGUGUUUGCACCAGUAUGCCUCAAUGGAAUUCAAAUACCAGCAUGUAAACCACUGUGUUUGGCAGUAAGAAAUGACUGUGAGCCAGCAUUGGCAGAGCAUAAUUUACCCUGGCCCAACCUGUGGGACUGUGAUCGUUUUUCUGACCAGAAUGAACUUUGUGUUCAACCACCACCAACAUCAAGUGAUGACAUACUCCCAGAAAUAUUACCACCAUCAUCACCUGAAUUACCAAUUUUACUUGGAAAUAAAAUGGUUACUCGUAAACCAAUUAGUAGACAUCGUCAGUGUCCACCAAAUUUUGUAAAAGUUGAUAAUAUAUCAUUGUGUGCACCUCGUUGUGGAGCAGAUGCUUAUUAUCGUGGUGAUGAUAAAAAAUUUGCUGUACGUUGGAUGACUGGUUGGGCAUGGCUGUGUUUUUUAUCAACGUUAUUUACACUAUUAACAUUUUUAGUUGAGCCAUCACGUUUUCGUUAUCCAGAACGUCCAAUAGUAUUUUUAGCAUUGAGCUAUAAUCUUUUAUCAUGUUUAUAUAUUGUUAGAGGUUUUGUUGGACCAGAGGUAUUUAGUUGUGCAAGCCAAUAUGAUGGUUCAAGUUAUGUACCAAUUGAAAAUGGUCUUCAAAGUAUGCCAUGUACAUUUUGGUGGAUAUUUAAAUAUUAUUUAAGUUUAUCAAGUAGUAUUUGGUGGUCAAUACUUUGUGGUUGUUGGUUAUUGAGUGCUAGAAAUGAAUGGAGCACAGAGGCAUUACAUAAUAUAUCUGGUUGGUUCCAUUCAAUUGCUUGGGGUUUACCAUUAUUAUUUAUUGGUGGUAGUUUAUUAACUAAAAAUAUUGUUGCUGAUGAAUUAAUUGGUUUAUGUCAAAUAUCAGAUGAAUUGUCAUUAUGGUGGGAUAUAUUACCACAUUGUUUAUUAUUAUUAUUAGGUUGUAUAUUUGGUUGUAUUGCUGGUGUAUCAUUGAUACGUAUUAGACAAGCCAUUAGAAGUUCUGGUAAAAGUUCAACAAAAUUAGAAAGACUUAUGACUAGAUUAGGUAUAUUUGGUGUAUUAUAUGCAUUACCAGCAAUUGUUGAACUUUUGUGUGCACUUCAUGAAUCAUCAGUACGACCAAAAUGGCGUGAAUUUGCAUUAAUGACUGCUGAAGAUUGUCGUUUAAAUAAUAAAUGUAUACCUGGACCAGUUUAUUUAUCAUCUGGUCUUGAAGUAUUAUUAUUAAGAACAUUUUUAAGUUUAUUUGUUGGUAUAACAUCAGGCAUGUGGGUCUGGUCUGGUAAAACUUGUCGUGCAUGGAGUAAACUUAUUGCUGCACCAAGUAAAUCAACAAGACGUUCAGUUAAUGGACCACUUAUUCAAACAAACAAAACAUUUCAGGCUGUUAAAAUUGAUGGAAUUAGUGCAUCCUAAAAUUUAUAUUAUUAUUA